AUGAAAAAUCGGGCAGAUCCAGAGUCCGUGUUUCUCAACGAUGGUUUCUCCUUUCGCCAUGUCCUGUACAUGCAGGAUUGUCCCAAUAUGUCCCAAUUGUGCCUGUUCAUGUUUGCAUUUUGCUUACCAGUUUGCCGCAUUGAUCCCAAUUGUCCUUCCGGGAGAGCACAGCAAAAGGUCUCCGCAUGGCGCGCUUGCACCGCAAGCGCCUGCGUCUCCAUGCAUGUCGUGUCUCCGUGGAGACCUUUUGGGCCAUGCUGCGAGUCGCACCGACGGAACAAAUCAUGUGGCUUGAGGGAGAUUGACUGGAAAAACUCGAAGGGAAGUCGCUCCUGCCAUUUGGCUUACUAA